AUGGACUCUAAAGAGACCGGUACGUCUAGCCCCAACGACAAUGCCUUGGGCGUAACAAGCAAUGAAACGCCUGCUUCCAGUGUUCAAUCAUGGCUUGGCAGGCGCCCAAACACCCUCGAGUCAAAUGUGUUCAGAGCGUUGUCCUCGAGCCCAAGCCAGCCGCUCACGCAAAGCCUUGCUUCGCAGCCCUCGAUUGAGAAAAUUGCCAUCCCACGAGGACGAAACCGCCGAAUUUGGACGUCAAAUAGGAGAUCCGCGGAGCUCAUGUCUCAGGUUCGAGUGUAUGAAGACCUGUUACGUAGUCUGCAUCCUCUUCUCGACCGUCAAUUAGCAAAUCAAAUUGAGAAGGUCGUUAGUGAAUUUCCAGGCACACCUUCGACAACUCCGAAAACGAUCCCCGAUACCGAGCAAGUACAGAGAAACCCCAUACAGCCGACCGAUCACACCAUUGAGGACCUCAACCGUGCCGUCAAUACUCAGGCGGCAGGUCUCUUGGGUAGACCAUCAGAGGUAGCGUGGCUCUCUAGACUCCGCUGUGAAAUGGACCAGCACAUGAAAGCAGAGUAUCCGUUAGAAAGGUCAGAACAGAACCCACUCUUGUCUACCAACUACUUCCUCGACGACUUGCAGAGUCCUAUAACCUAUCCGAAUGAUUUUCUGGAUUGGCCCUCGGAAGAAGCUGCUAGCCAAUUGGUGGAUAGUUACUUUCACAUUGUGCACGCGUCGUUCCCCUUUGUUGGGAAGUUGUACUUUCUGAAACAAUUUCGCAUUUUUUAUGCCAAUCCACGUAAGCAGCCGGGCUGGGCGUGGAUGGCAGUUUUCAAUCUAGUGUUGGCUAUCGCUACACGUCAUAGCUCUUUGAUGAGAAAGGAACCGGAAGCUGGCACUGGCACACACAUGUCAUACUUCACAAGAGCUUGGCAGCUCUACAUGAGGAAUUAUGCUGCACUCGACCACCCAAAUUUACAACAGGUACAGGUUGAAUCCCUUAUGUCAAUAUACAUGCUUUCAAUAGGCCAUGUAAAUAGGGCGUGGCGGAUGUGCGGCGUCGCAAUGAGGUCAGCAGUGGCUAUGGGAAUCCACCUUCGUAGUGAGAGUGAAAGCAUUUCUUACAUAUCCAAGGAGACAAGAUAUCGUCUUUGGUGGGCAUUGUACUCGCUUGACAUUCAACUAUGCUCGAUGACUGGACGCCCACCCAACAUGAGCCUAGAAUACUGUACUGCCUUUCUCCCAGCACCCCACCGGGAGGAGGACUUUCAAGAAGACCAUGUUUCCCGGUUCAUCGCGGACGACCAUACUCGGAAGGCUCUACUGGCAUCUUUCAUCCCGCGAGCGUUCAAACCGGACGGGCAAGGGAAUAACCAACAUGCAGAACCUCUACAUCACUCCGCUAUAAGCGAAAGAGAAGACGAUGUUCCACGCAUAGCCUUCGAGACAAGCAGUGCUAAGCCUAACACGUCGCUAUACUUCCUGUAUCGCUUAAGCUUGACUUGCAUUGGAAGAGCUGCCUUGGACGAAAUCCACUCGCCUAGGACGGCAUCUCUUUCAUGGGAUGAGUUAGAGGGUACAAUCGCGAGAAACAACGCAUCUGCUGACAAUUGGUUGGCUAAGCUACCAUAUAUCUACCAUUUCGAGAAGCCAUCGCCGAAUUGCCCAUUUGUUCGUCAACGCACUAGCUUGGCAUUUCAAUUCUACUCGGUCAAGCUCAUCAUCCUGGAGCCGUGUUUGCGUCGUGCGAUCAGGGUAUCGUUCGAUGGCCCAUGCAGCAAACACUGUCAGUCUAUGGCCACUCUGUGCAUGCAGGUAGCAGGAAGUGUCAUCAACCUUCUUUGCGAUAAAGCAGAUGUUCGCUGGUUAUAUGGGUAUUGCCCAUGGUGGUCCAUAGUCCACUACAUUAUGCAAUGUUCCGCCAUCCUCCUGGUCGGCCUUGUGGGUCAAAUCAACCUUGGGGAAAUCCAGAACGCGGCAACAGUGCGCAACGUCAAAAAGGCUUGCGGAUGGUUAUAUGAGAUGUCUAAAACAGAUGAUUAUUCCAAGCGCGCAUGGGAUAUCUAUAUUAACUUCAUCUUCGUCAUGACCGAAUGA